AUGUCUGGCGAUAACAUGACAGUGUUUUGCUGGACUCAUGGACAGAAAUUUGGGAGCGACGAUGGAGAUAGGGUCUGGCUUUGGACCGACAAAGACUGUUACGUUCCCCAGUAUGACCUGGAAUAUAGCGGGCCUGCGGAAGAGGAAUUAAACUACUGCGGCGAGGACUCCGAGGAAAAGGACAUCACAAGAGAGCCUAUGAGAAUAAAAUACCAUGCCGAAUGUGAUCUCAAUCCAAAUGUUCAAAACCCCCAGGCGGUCACCAAGUACUAUCCGGCAGGUACUGAUAUUCUCGCCACAUGCUGGACAAAUUCCUCAGAGACCGUCGGCAUAUUGGGUGAUACUGUAUAUGUCAAGACGACCGAUGAUUGCUUUACAGGACAAGCCAUGCUCACCCACCAUGUGGACCUGGAUGAUGUUCCAAAUUGUGGACCGCUUGCGCGCCGCGAAGUUAACCGGACAAGUACCUUUAAAGGCCGCUCGCUCCCUCCCGUUCCCGAACCUGUGAAACUUCAACCGCGGUAUCUUAUUAAUGUGACCGUCGGAGAGGACUGGGCGAAAUGCCAUGAGUUACCCUCACUUGAGAGCCCUGUCGUUCGUGCCUAUCCUUGGGACAGGCAUAUCAUUAUACAGUGCACUUCGCCAUACUAUAAUGGCUCAGGUACCGGGAAUUUCGGCUUGACGACCGACUUCUGCUACGUUAGCGGAGAUGAUAUUUGGCAGAGCAUAAUGGGUGAUUACAUAUAUAUGCCACGAUGCUCGAAUUUUGGAGUGCCUUGA